UUGGCUGUUUGCGAAAUGUCCUUGAUUUUAGCCAAUCAAAUACCGCUUUUCAAUGGUUGUAGCAGUGGAGUGAUCGACAGCUGUCUGACUCAGUCAUUUUGCUACAGAAUUGCGAUGGAUAACUUGAAUUCGGAAGGAGGGAUAGUUACCCAAAGUGGUGCAGUUAAAGGAGCUGCACUUUUACUUAUCAUCGGUGAACCCUUUUCAGAGGAACAUAAAAAACUUAUUCUAGGAGAGAUUUCUAAAGGAUUUCGAUGUUGGGAUACAGAGGCUACUGGUAUUGACAUAAAUGAUGAACUUGCACAAAUUGCUAACAAAGCAGAUCUAGGCGAAGAAGGCCCAAAUGCAUCCAAGUAUGGAUACCAUUUGAAGGAGGGGGAGAGAAUUAUUCGACAUGCCUCGGAGAGUUUGUCAACAGAGAUUCUGGUCAACCCACAGGCACAGACAGUGACAGCUGCUGUGAAGAACUUCCUUGUUACCCCAACUAAACACAAACAUCUGAUAUAUUCUGGACAUGCCUUCCAGGGUUCAGGAGCUUGGAUACUACAGGAUGACACAUUCACAUUCAACAACUUUGCUCAUGCUUUCAAAGACCAGGAUGUUGGUAAUGCAGUCCGUCAACAGGAAGGAAGCAGCCUCCACAUUGUCACUGGAUCAGAGGGGGAUUGGUCUAAUGGUCACAUAGCCAAGAAUGACUUUUCGAAACUCUUAAAUGUUAAAUUGAAUCCAACUGAUAAAUUAGAAAACUUGCAUGGCGUCCUACAAUUUGCAGCAUAUAUAAGUAAUUUUGUGAGAGUUAGGCAGUUGAAUGAAUUAUUGCAGUCGUCCGAUGUUGUUGGAAAUAUCAGAUUUAGUCGCCCUACACUGUACAUUUUCCCUGGUUGCCAAGGGGAUUCUGCACUGUUUGGUAUCAGUGGAUUCAACCUUUUGGUUAAUGGAGGAUAUAGCAGGAAGGCAUGUUUCUGGGAUUUCACACGCCAUUUAGAUAGGAUUGAUGCCGCUUUAAUGACACACCUUGGUACAGACAACCUUUAUGGAUUUGGUUCAGUCCUGGAGAGAAAGAGUAUUGAGAAUGUACACCCAGAGAUUGGAUUUAUGUAUGUUAAUGCCUCUGACAAAAUCAAGGCUCUCCCUAACACAGAGGCAAGUAUGCCAAAAGAAGAAUCUUUGCAUGUGAAUUUAGCCGCAGAAGGUAACAAAUUGAUACAGUAUGCCAAGCAGAUCGGACCAAUUCCACAUUCUUGCUCCAGAAACCAGUCUGGUUCAACAAUAGAGCCAAUCAACUUGUACCACAAGGUUGGAAUUGGUUCCCUGGAUAUGUACAUUUUGAACCCAAUUACAGAUAGCAAAGAGAUGAAAGAGUUCUACCAGCAGUGGAACCAAAAUGCUGCCCAAUUUGGACUUAACCAGCACAUGCCUCUUCCCAACACUCUGUCAGUCUGUGCUUUACUUGUUUGGCAGCCAAGCAGUCCCGAUGACAAUAUUACCAGAAUCUUCUUCCCUGGUAAUGCUCCCCAGCAUAAAGUUAUAGAAGGUUUAGAGAAGUUGAAGAAUCUUGAUAUUUUGAAGCAUCCACAAUGCACCAAGACGUCUUUGAAUGUGAAACCAGCAGCAAAAAAACCUGCAGGUCUUUCUUCAAGACCACCAGCUAGGUCAAAGGCAUCACCAGUUACUACCCCAAAAAGUGAAAAUGCAAAAAAGGAUGUCAAAGAAAAUGCUCCACCCAAGCCCUCUACUCCAAGAUCUAAACCGACUGCACCUCCUGCACAGAGGGCUAAGAAGGAAAAAGAAGAUGUAAACAAGAAAACUAUGAAAAUUCCGGAAAAAGAAAAGACUUCAAAAACAGAAAAGACGAUAAAAGCAGAAAAAGUAGAAAAGGUAAACAAAAAACCUGAGAAACCAAACAAAGUUGAGAAAGCAAGCAAAAUUGAAAAACCUGAGAAACCCAAUAAGGCAGAAAAAGCUGAUAAGCCCAAGAAAACAAGUACUCAACCAAAGGGGCCUGCUAAAAGCUCAACUUCUUCACCAAAGCAAGCUGCAACUCCAGUUAAGGAGGCAAAAACAGGCACCAAGAAAGAGGAACAAGCUGAAGCUAUUACUACUCCCCCAGCUCAUGUCCCAGACAUUUUAGAUACUGCUCCUCAAUCUACACCAUUUACAAAUGGAGGCCAAGAAUCAUCAGUUGACUUGCCUGCUUUUAGUUCGGAACCUCUACAACCAACCCCAGCGACAAAUGAGCAAUCAAAUUCUCUGAUAGAUAUUUCACCAUCUUCUGUCCCUGAACCUAGUCAACCUCCGGCUGUUCAUGAAAAUACUGGUACACUUGAUAAAGCAAAGAUGCUUGAGCUAGGUAUUUAUGAUGAAGAUCAAGAUAUUGAACAAGAUUUAAAUGCUCAGCAAGCUACAGAAGCAGAUCAAAGAUUACCACAGAUGUUUGGUGGUAUGGCUGAUAGUAUGCAUGAGGAUUUAAUGGAUGAUAUGAAUGCAAAAAAUGCAAUGCAAGGAAGUUUUCAUGGGGAUCUUAUGUCUGGAAGUAUGCAUGAAGCCAUGUUUGAUAAUAAACCAUUUGAUGGACCAUUUGCUCAGAAUGGUGGUACCAUUGAAGAAGUCAUGACUCCUGAGGAUGAUACAUCUGAAGAAAUACAGCCACAAGCCCUCCCUGAGCCUGUAGCAUAUGCACCUGAAAGCUAUGGUCAGGAACCUGAUGUAAUCCCAGUUGUUAGUCCUAAAGAGGAAAGCCAAGUCAUAUCUGAACCAGAAAUAACACCAAACACAAAUGAACCAGAUUUAUUGCCUGUUAAACAAGAGGCUGAAGAAUCCCAAGACUAUGAUGAGGAAAGUACAGUACCAGUUGAAGAGAAAGUUGAACAUCCCACAAUGCUUGAAACUCCAGAUGAAGUUGAAAACUCUUUGCCAGAAGAUGUGCAAGAGAAAGAUUUAAGUGAAGAAACAGAGAAAGAUUUUAUUGUUGAAGACCAAUCUGUUGCAAGUAAAGAACAUGUUGAGCCUCUUAAUGAUGAUCUAGAAGAUAUUGAAAAGAGUAAAAGUUCUUUUGAAGCAAAUGAUGAUAUAGAUGAAAUGAAACAAUUUGGAGUUGUAGACCAAACAAAUCUAGGUUUUGAUGAACCAGAAAUUGUUCAAGCUACACAAGAUUCUGAAAAAGAACAACAGGUACCAGAAAAAGAACCUGAACAGCUCCCAAUAGAAGAUUCAAGUAUGAACUUUGAUGAAAAUGUUGAAGGAACUGCAGAUCAAAAUGAUCUGGGAUAUAUGGAACCUGAGAUUGCUCAGGCUGCACAAGAUUCUGAAAAAGAACAACAGGUGCCGGAAGAAGUAACAGAACAGCUUCCUGUAGAAGAUUCAAGUAUGAACUUAGAUGAAAAGGUAGAAGAAAGUCAGGAAAGUUUAGAAAAAGAAAAUGAACUUAUGCCAGAGAAUGUUCAAAAUGAAUGUGUUCCUGAGAUAUCACCAGAACUUGGUUUAAAUGUUCAAGAAAAAGUGAACGAAGUUGAAUCAUUUGAACAAGGUAUAUCUGAAGCUGAAAGAGACGAAUUGCCAUCAAAGGCAUCUGAGCAACUUUAUGAUAGAAGUUCUCCAGAAUGUUCACCAGAGCCAGAUAUUCCUGUUCAAGACGAUGAACCUGAACUUGAAACAGUAGACCAUGGUACACCUGAAGUUCCUGAUGCUUUAGAAAGACUUAUAAGCCCAGAGCCUGACCAGCUUGAGCAAGACGAAUCUUUGAUUGAACAGAUAAAAGAGGAUGACUUUGCUCCCCAAUCACAAGACUCAGAAUUCAUCAGUGAUGCUAAAAAUGAAAAUGAUUUAGCAUCAGUUGAAGACAGUCUUUGUCAGACUGGAAAAGUAAGUGAAUAUGACAAAGAAGAAGCUGUAGAAUCAGAAGGAGAAAGAGCAGAUAGUCCAGAUUCUCAAUUAGGUGCACAGGAUAUUAAUAGAGAUUCUCUUGAAAGAGAUGAUGUUAGAGAAAGCAGUCCUUUUUCAAGUGAUGACCAAAGAGACAGUAUUGAGAGGGAUGUUCAAGAACCAUUAAAAGAAAACAUAAAUGAUACAGAAAGAGACAGCAUUGAGAGAUCAAUGAGCCCAGUUGAACAAAAAAGCGGAAAUAUUGAAAUGGAAUCGAGAGACAGUGUUGACAGAUCCCUAUCUCCAAGUGAAGACGCUGAACAAAGGCAAAGUAUUGAGAGGUCCAUGUCUCCAGAGCAAAGAGAAAGUACAGAGAAAUCCUUUGAAGACGAAAGUGAUGAGUCGGAUGAAGAUGAUGAAGAGAGUAGUUCUUUUGAUCAGGAAGAAGCUACAGAUGAGAAAUGCUUGAUUCAAGACAGCUUAAGUGAAAAUCAAGGAGUGAAGACUGAAGAUGGAAAAGUUAUGGCUAAAGAGAGUCAUGUAGCACCAACAGAUUCCCUUGCAGACCAGAUGAGUGACAAUCUUAUGACACCAGAAUCAGACUAUACUGAUGCUAGUCAUGGUGGACAAAUUGGAUAUCAUCAAAUAGAUGAACAGGAUGGAGAUUCAGUUGAUGGUAUUGAUGAGAAGGAAACUUUUGCCUCAGCAUCUGUUCCAAGAACCAAUCCAUUUGGAGAUGGCUUUGAGCAGUUUGGUGCCCCAAAUUUUGGAGCAGGUCCAAUGAGCAACCCUUUUGAGAAUAUUGAACAACCUGGAAAUAACCCAUUUGAUAAUUACAAUAAAGCUUAUGAAGAGGAUAGGUCCAGUACACCUGAUCAAGAUUUAUCACCAGCUGGAGGACCAGCUGCUUUCAAUCCAUUAUCAGAAUGGGGUGAACCAAUGGGUUUGCCUUCACCAGCUCCCCCAGGUGAGAAGAAUGAGACAGGAGCUGCUAAAAAAGCAGCAACUGCUAAAAGACCAACUUCAGCUACUAAAAAACCAGCUGCAAGCAAUGGAGUUCCUGAUAAGUCCAAAAGUCGUCUUUCCUUAGGUGGUAAUACAGCUAAUGCCUCUCGACUAUCAACCGGAGGCAAUUCUUCAAGGCUUUCUUCUGGUGGCAAAGCUGCUCCUAAAUCUAGACCAGCCACAGCUCCUGCUGGAGGCAGUGAUACAAAAUCUAAAAUGAAUGGAACUAAGCGACCAGCAACCGCAACUGGCACUAGGGCAUCACCAACAGCCGUCAAAAUGCCUCCCCUCCCACCUUUUCAUCCAUUCUAUAUGGAUCUUACUUAUAUUCCAAACCAUGGUAAUCCAAGUUACAGUGAUGUAGAAUUCUUCAAACGUGUUCGAGCUAGAUAUUAUGUUCUCAGUGCUCUUUCACCUAACACGCACGUCCUCGACGCUUUAUUGGAAGGAAAGAAGACUUGGGAAGAUAAGUCGCUACCUGUCACAGUGAUACCAACAUACGAUAAUGAGACACUGAGGUUAUGGAUGAGUUUACACAAAGAAAGAUUGGCCGAAGAAAAGGUCGAGAUAGCGCCAUCAGCUAGCAGAUGUACCAUCCAGUUACAAGAUCAUGAGACAAGCUCCUCGGCAUAUAGAUUAGAAUUCUAAUUUAUUUACACCAAUUAACUUUAGCAUUUAUGGAAUCAUUGGAAGUGUGCAUUACAGAUGCUUUUCAAUCCAAAGGUUGUCUUAGAUGCACAUCAAUUAUAUAAACAUUAUGUUGUCAAUGUUGUUUUUCAUACUGCGAAAGUUCAGUUUGACAUAACAAUGUUUUCUGAUAUAGGAAGAAAAGUGCUUUAGUGGAGUGUAGAAACAAAUUAAUUGCUUUUAUUGCAAAAUAUAAUAAAAAGAUGUUGUGUGACUUAAUGGACAAUGUGAUAAAUAAGGGAACAAAAUGUUCUUUAGGCAUUGUGUUUGUGUACUGUUCGUCGAUGAAUCUCUUAUUUAUAGAAUAGUAUGUGCAAAAUAAAUUCUCUACCUUUUUAUAUACAUGUGAUUAAUAAUUUUUAGUAAUGGAGGGUUUGCAUUGAUUGUGAUAAGACGGUUUGUGGAUUUUAACUUGUGUUUAGGGAGGAAAGCAUGAAAAAUGGUUGAUUGUUAAAAUCUUUCCUGAUGGUGUAAUGUUGAGUGUUUUUGAAACUCCUUUGAAAUUAUAAACAUUAAAGAAAAAAAACUUUUUACUGACAUUUUUGUAACUACAGUUUGGAUAGUACAUGUACAUGAUUGGUUAUAUCUGUUAUGAUGUAAUCAAGCAAUUUUUUUAUUGGGAACAAUAUUUUCAAAUUCAGAAUUAAGUGUAAAUUUUGAAAAAUGGAAGUGUGAACUACAUGCAUUUAGCUUCUCAUGAUUACAGUGUAUUUUUCCUGUGUCGCCUUUAAAAAAAAACUUUUUCCUUGAUAACCAAACAUUUGUUAUAGUUGCAGUAACUGGUAAUCUUUUCAUGAAAAAAAAAAUUGUGAAAUAUUCUUUCAAUAUACUCGAGAUAUAUUUAACUUGCACUGAUUAAUUGUAAUAGGUUAAGUGUAAACUAAAUUGAAAUUGACAUCCAAGUUGCUAAAAAAAUUCAUAAAGAAGUUAUUGUAAUGUAUAAUUUGUCGGGUUGUCAAAAUGGGUCAGAUAUAGUCAUUUUCAGAUAUUUCAACAAAAAUAAAGUUGUUUUUAGCACCGAAACAAAGUUAAGAAGUAGUAAUUGUAUGAGGUUAACAGGUUCAAGGGGUUAUUGAGUACAAAAAAGUAGUUCCAUCUUAAAUGAAUUUGACAAAAAGAUUUAUUCUAGGAAUUGUUUAACUAAGACAUACCAACGCUGAUCUGGGAUGUGAAAUUUAAGAUUUUUGACAUUUUAAGACAUUUUGGCUCCCACAAAUUAUACACUUGACAUUUUUUCCACAUGUGUAUAUAUAGAUACAACUAAAUUUUGUGUUCUAGCAGUAUUCUACCUGGUGUGAUGUGUAAUCAAAUGUGGAUAAAGAGUAUAUCAUAUGUAAAGUGUUGUGCAAUCUUUAAGUUUGUAUGUUAUUUCUUUUGUUUUUAGCAAAUACCAGCUUAAAUUAAGCAUUUAUUGUAUGCAUUUAUGUUGUCUAAUGGGAAAAUAUCUCUUGCAAUGUUAAUGUACAUGUACAUCCAGAAAACUGGUCGGAUAUUUGGUGCAAGUUAAUAGAUUGAAUUAUAUUCUUAUUUAUAUGUAGGGGGUGAUUUAGUAAUUUAUACACAUCCAAUGUGUUCUUAUCAAUAACUUGUAGAGACUACUCUUGUUCAUAUAUUUCUAGAUUUUUUUUGUUUGUUUUUACUUCCGUUUUGACGAUGAUGUCAUAAUGAUGAUGUCACAAUUGUGAUAUCACAAAAACUCCCUCUUUCUCUGUUAUUUAUUGAUAUAAAGAAGUAACAUGUUCAUUGUCUCCUCUGAUAGAUUAUUGAAGGGAACAUUUAUCCUUUUACAUGUAUUUCAAAAGAAAAUCUGCAGACCUGAUAAGUGUAACAUUUGUUAUUGUCAAAUAGGAUUGCUACUUUGUUGAGGGAACAUAGAUUGUGAGUAAGGGACUGUAUAUAUAGAUUGCCUUCUAUAAAAGUGCCUGUAUAUAAAUGGCUGCUGAGUGCUGUAACAAAUGAGAAUGAUGGGGGGCGUGUACAGUGAAUGUUUUUAUAAUCUUUGUAGGCAUUGACCAACUGUAAAGGCAAGCUAUGACAAUAUAUAAAAUAAUAUAAUUGUUUUUGAAUUAAUUUUUGACACAGUUUAUUCAGCCAUUGAAUUGAAUUUAUCAUAUUAAAUGGAUAGGGUGAUAUGUUUAUCAGUUUGUUUAAAGAGAGAAUAUCGAUCUAAAUAAUAUACCUAUGCACAUAUAGAACACAAGUUUAGCUCAACAAUUGCUUUGAAUGAUCGAGUUUUGACACUGUCUGUACAAUGAUUGUUAAAAUGUUGACAUUUUAUAAGAUGAAUGUUGAGGUAUUAUGUAAACAUUUUGUAUGAUGAAUGUUGAGGUUGAUUGUAAACAGGUUGAAUUUUGAUUGUAACAUUUGAUUUUGUAUUUUACAGUUCAAUAUAGUGUAUUUUAAGAUCUCUUGUCACAUAUUGAUAAAAUGCUAUGAAAAGUUUCUUCUUUGUAAAGAGUCUAUAAUAAUUUAUACAGAUGAUUUGUUAGUGACACGUUUAGAAAUGGACAGACAUGAUAGUUGUAUUACAUAUUUUGACCUAGUCGAGAUGAGCAAGUUUUACUAUAUUUACAUGUUCACAAACACAAAAGGAUCCUUUGUUAUGUUUCGUAUAUGUUAGUAUUUUUCGUGUUAAACGGAGCUUGUAUGUAAAUCCAGCAACAGAGAUGUUCCUUAUAUGAUAUCGUAGAUAUUUGUAUAGAUGGUAUUCUGAGACUUUGCAGUUUAAAUUUUAUUCUGCAUUUCAGACGAUGAUUUAUACAGGACGGAAUAUCCGAAAAAAACAGGGACGACAAAUUGUUCCCAGUAAAACCAGAUUUUCUGAUGCGAUGUCUUUUGUAAAAAUUGUUAAUAGUUUGUCUGGACGGUUGAAUGUCAUGUUGACAUACAUACCAAGCUUUUUGUAAAUACUGGUGAAGGAUCCUCCAUUUUUGUAAUAGUAAAGGAUUUAGAAAUGUUUACAUGUUGGAGAGUUUUUGUUUUGUACACAAAUAUACAAAGUGCUCAUAGAAUUCGCUUUUAAAGCUUUUGUAAGAUACAUAUUAUUGACACAAUUCGCUUUACUACUCAAACCAUCCGAUUCACAUAACUUUUUAUGCUACGUGAAAUGAUUCGACGGAGCUCAUAUUUGCAGAUAAGCUCUUCAUUUAUUCAUGGCACGUUCAUUUAUUGACAUAUACCUUUAAGUUAGGUAUUUGGUUUAACGAUAGAUACCUCACAUGGGUGUCUAACCCUUGACCGAGGUUUCAGGUUGAUUGAGUCAAAGCCAUGGCAGUUGAAAAUAGAUUUUACUACAUUUUCUAGUAGUGAAGGCCAUGUUUUUAACACAAGGCAUGCUACAUCAGGGAGCAUCUAUUGAUGUUGCCUAUAUUACUAUUCAUGAAAAAUUGUAAUAGUGUGCAAUUGUAAGAUAAACUGAUGGCCAAUGGAACAAAAGUGCUUGGCUUGAUAAGUGCAAUGUAUUCAUGUAUAACACUCGACCUUAUUCAUGUAAAUGUGUCAUAAAAAAGAUAUUGUGGCGAUUAAGAAAAAAUUGGUUCGAUUGUAAAGUCAUCAUUUUGAAAAUGAGAUAACCAUUUUGAAAAUGAGAGAUAAUUCUAGAAAAAUUUAUUAUUUUUAAAUUGAGAUAACAGAAGUCAUUAUUUAAAAAAUGAGGUAACAUUUAGUGGUGAAUAAGGCCGGGUGUUAAGUGUAUAGAACUGUAGGAAAUCAUGUGCAAUAAGGAAACAAUGUAUAGCCACAAAGCUCAUUACUAGCUACCCCUCUGUUCACAAAUUUACUAUUUACGCUUUGUUUAUUGUUAUUAUCUUACUUAGGUAACUUUUUUAUUACAAAUAAUAGGUCUAUUUUUCUUUCUACAUGAAUAAUUUUGUUCUUGUUUUUUGUUUGUUUUUUUACCCAUUGAAUAACACAUGUUUCAUAGAAUAUUUACUUCUUCUUAUAUAAUGUUCUUUCUAUAAGUGGUAUGUACAGUUUUGGAUUUUUAUUUUUUUCUAGACCCUUUUUCCCACCAACUAAGUGUUACGUUUUUAUCGUUAAAGUUCACCAAUGUAAGAUACCAAAGUAGCUCUUUUUUCAAACUUUAUUGACAGACAUAAAAGAUGUAUGAUGUGCUGUUUUCGGGAAAAAAAUGUAAAUUUAUUCUCUAAAUAUCGAUUUUGUUGUCUUAAAACAUUCUACGAAUCCGCAUUUUCAUUUUUGACAAACAGAAACUUUUUUGUAUUUCAAAUACAGAACACCAUAACCUUGUUCCCAAGUUCAAAAGUUUUGAACUUUUUUUGUUAAAUUCCAAGAAAGUCUAGUCAAUAUUUUUAGCAUUAUUUAAUUUAGUCACAGUAUUUAUAAAUUAAUUUAAGUUUCAUGUAUUUUUUUUUUCUCAUUGAUAUGUAUUCUACAAUGUUUUCUACCUUUUAUAUAAGUGGCAACACACAAUUCUGCUCAGUAGAAAAUUUAAGAUGCUUUUUUCAUAGAUGUCGCUUUUGAUGUUGAAAUUUCGUUGCUUUUUUGGCAAGAUCAUGUGACAUGAUUAAUAAAUACAUUUAAAUAUAUAAUUGAUAGUGUUGUGCCAGCAAUUGUUAUGUGCUGGCUUUGUAUAUCCUAGGAAAUAUGUAUAGCUUUUUGUGACCCGGCUUAACCCAAGUUUUGAGAUAUGCUUUCAUAAUGAUAUUCAGAAAUAUUUAUCAAUUUGAAAUGAAAACUGGAAAUAAAUUUUUGAUUGAAGGAUUUAUUGUAAAACUAAAAUUUGUAUGGGUUUAAAACUUUGCUACAAAUACAUUUUGCUUAAUAAUGCAAUGUUUAUGAUAUAUAUAUUUGAACUUUUUUUUUUGCAUCAUUGUUUUUGUCAUUGCCAGAAUAAAAAAAAUCGAAAAAAGCCAAA